AUGAUCACUCUGGAGUUCCAUACUGGUAGAAAAAAGUACUUGGUAACAAUACCAGCCCAGCUUGCCUUCCUCUCCACUCAGAAGUUUCGUUUGGAUCUGAGGCCUGGGAACUGUGAUGUAAAAUUCACUAUUACCCUGGAUCACAAGACACAGAAAUUGCUAGAACAGUUUGGAUUGAAGAAGAACUUCCACUGUACCUCAUAUUCAAAGAGGUUCUCCUCUUCUGCUGAGGUCCCUCCACCUGCUGGUGGCAUGGAGGAGGUGGCUAUCAUUUGUGUGUCAGGAGUUGGAAACAACCUCAGCUUCAAGGAGGAGAAAGAAGUUUUAAUUCAGAGGCAAGGGAAUGGCACAUUUGUGCAGACUGACAAACUAGUCUACACCCAGGCCAGCAGGCUGGGAGAGACAUCCCAGCACAGCAAUGUAGACUUACCCUUUCUACUGGCACCAGAGGCAACGCUGGGCAUCUUGACAGUGACAGUGGCUGAGGGCAAGGCCUUUGGCACCUUCAGUGUGGAGGAACGUAUAUUUCUGGCGAUUUGCAGCGUAAAUGGACCCAGCAAGCAGAGCCCAACUGUUGACUACAAUGUCCUUGCUCCCUUCACACUGGACACAGCCACUUAGUAUUCCACAGACAGUUCUCUGGAGGGUAAGUUCCAACUGAAAAUUUUGGUAUAUAACUCAGAGUGUUGGGAUUCAGAUCCAGGACACGCAGCUGAGGAACCUAGUUUAUAUACCAAAGUGGACCUGACCUUUCCUCUCUCUCUGCCCCUUCAUUGCUACCAAAAUGCCCAUCUACACCUACAUCCCUCCUACAAAACCACCUGAAGCUUCUAGGGCAUCCAGUAGCCAAGAGGCCUGGUGAGAUGUGGCCAGACCCAGGAGGCACUAGUGGACAAUUCCAUCGAUCCAAAGGAUGUAAGCCCUGACCAAGAAAUCAUCUUCUCCUACUAUUCAUCAGGGAAAGGGAGUUUGCAAAUGGAGGGGCAGAAACACCUGAGGGUUAAAGGGAACGGUGUGUGCACAUACCGUUAUGUGCAAGAGAGAUGCGUUACAGUCCUAGUUCCUAUGCACAGAGGCAACUGGAGGAAAAUGCUAAUGAUAACCAGAGACUGCGAGGCAGUGUGGACCCCGAGGCUUCACAGACACUGGAGCAGAGCAGAGGUGAGUGUAGAACGGCUUGUCUCCUGCUCUCUCUCACUGACCUUCACCUCCAGGCUGGCCCCUCCCCCUUCCCUCAUCAUCCACAGCACAUUUCUCAGCAGAGCUGUCACAGCUGACGAAAUGCAGUUCUUCGUGGAGAUGUGCUCUGGCAGUCUGCCUUGUCAGCAGAUGGCGGUGUUGCCCCGAAGGCUGGGUUGGCAUCGCCGUCUCCCGCAGACAGAGGGCUCUCAGGCUCCCAGAGACCAGGCUGUGGGAACUGGUUCCAAGGCUUCAGCCGGGCCUGCUUUCCCACCCUUCUCUGUUGACCUGGCACUGCUUUACUCAGUCAUUUGUGGGAAAUCUCUCUGUCUUACUAUCACCUCCUUCAAUUACCUAAAGGACUGCAUCAAGGUUCAGACUCACGUGACCCCAUCAGAUGAGUGCCGCGUAGAAUCACGGAAUCCAGAGCUCAACUCAGAAUCCCAUGAUUUUCACCACCCACUUCUCGUUUCCUCUGUGGUCACUGGAGAGACAGCUUCAGAAUCUCUCUCCCUGGAGCUCCCCGUGGGUGUUGUUCCUGAUUUUACGACAUCCUUUAUUCCUCUCUGAAUUCUAGGAGACCUCACGGACUCAGCUCUGCAGCACCUAGGUGGUCUGGUGGAGAUGCCCAGAGGCUGUGGAGAGCAGAGCAUGGUCAUUUUUGCUCCCAUCAUCUAGCACCUGGGGAAAACAGGGCUGCUGACAGAGGAGACCCAGUCUCGGGCAGUGGACUUCCUGGAGACAGGUAAAGAAAAGGAACUGAUGUAUAAAUACAGCAAUGGCUCAUGGAGUGCCUUUGGGAACAGGAUGGAAAUAGUAAUACAUGCUAACGCUGCCUGCUUUCUGACAGCCUUUGUCACAAAAUGUUUCCACAAACCUCAGAAACUCAUCUUCAUUGAUACAAAAAAUAUCCAGGAUGCCCUCAAGUGGAUGGCAGGAAACCAGCUCCCUGGUAGCUGCUAUACUAAUGUGAGAAAGCUCCUGCACACAGCUCUCAAUGAGAUCCACCCCAGGGCCUGCAACCCCCACUGUGACGCUAUGGUGGGACAAGGCCUACCAUGCUUCAGAAAGCCUUCCACUGGCAGCCUCUUCAAGGCCCUGCUUGCUUAUAGCGUCUCUCUGGCUGAAGACAUGGAAACCAGAGUGCCUUUCUUCUCAGUUAUUUCCUGGAGUCAGAAGCCUGCUGGUUCAGAUGCCAGUACUUGAUCUGAGUCUUUAGAUGUGGAAUUUACAGCCUAUGUAUUAUUCGCCCAGGUCACCAAGGACAGCCUGACUCAGGAGGAAGUAGCCAAGGCCACUAGCACAGUGGCUUGGUUGGCCAAGCAAUGCAAUGCAUAUGGGGGCUUUAAGCAUAUGCUUGUUUUACUUCAGGAUACUGUAGUUGCCCUCCAAGCUGCCAGGCAUCCAGCAAUUGCCUAUAUGCCAUCUGAGAAAGACAGUGUGGUUACAAAAUCUACUGAAAAAUUUCAACACACUUUCAGCACUGAGUCUGCCAACAGACUGGUUCUGCAGCAGGAGGCAUUGCCCGGCAUCCCUGAUGGGUGCACUGUGGAGGUCUCAGGUCAGGGUUGUGUCUAUGUGCAGACAGUGUUGAGAUACCACAAUGUCUCUCCUAACAUUAGAGCGGCCUUUAGCCUUCAGGUGGCAACAGGGAAAACUAGUUGUGAACAAUUCACUUCCCCCCGAUCUUUGACUCCUACUAUUCAUACCAGUUAUGUGGGGAGUCGAAGCUCAUCCAACACGGCCACUGUGGAAGUGAAGAUGUUGUCUGGGUUCACUGUGGAGGGAACCAACCAGUUACUAUUGGUUGUGGAGCUUUGA